AUGUACCACAACACCACACCCAAAUAUGUACACCCAAAGAAUGCUGUGAGGCACAAUUUGUCACUGCAUAAAUGCUUCAUGCGUGUUGAGAACGUCAAAGGCGCUGUUUGGACGGUAGAUGAGAUCGAAUUCUACAAACGACGACCACAACGUACAACCGCCGCAGUAGCGGCGGCUGCGGCAGCGGCAACUGCAGCUGUGAUGUCGACAACCGUCACCGGCAGCGCUACCAAUAACGGUAGGUGUAGCAAUAGCGUUUCCGGUUGCGGCGUUAAUGGUGGCACCAGUAAUGAAAGCAGCAAUAGCAAUUUGGCUGAUAUAACCGAUUUCAAUGGCAGCGUUGGUAGCGGUAUUUCUGCUGCGAUGUCCAAUAGCGCAAUAACGUUGGGUUAUGGGUACAAUGCCAUACGUACAAAUCUUUCGCUGCAUAAAUGCUUUGUGCGCUAUGAAGAUGACUUUGGCUCCUUUUGGAUGGUGGACGACAGUGAGUUUGUUAAGCGACGCCAUUUAUCGCGAGGCCGUCCCCGCAAAUAUGAACCGUCGUCAUCGCCGAAUUCCAAUUCACAGACGUCCGGAAGUGCUGCCGACAAUAGCAAUAACAAUGGUCAAGUUGGUUGUACUGGGGGUCCUCAACAAUUGAAUAGACAGCAACAAAAGCAGAAACCGCGCAUAAUUCAUAACAUUAGUCUCAGUCAAAGUCACUGUAAUAACUUUGUCAGCGCCCUAAGUGGUGCGAGUAAUGCAAAUUGUGGCAGCACCGACAAUGAUUACCUUAAUCAUCCGAGUGCUACUUUUGGUGUUGGAACUGGAGUUGCUGAGCCUGCAUCAGUAGAUGCGGCAAAACUGAAUGAUUGUCACUCUAAUAAUAAUAUUAAAAUGACUAACAAGAAAAGCAGCAACAACAAUAACUAUAAUUUUGAUAGUAAUUCAAAUAACGGCGAUCGUAAUGGCAUUAAUAUCUGCGAAGGUAGCCAAAGGAGUCUGGGCGAUAUUUGUAGCAAUAGUAAAGUACUAAAAAAGCAACAAAAUUAUAUAUCAAGUAAUAAUGAUCUGCUACUAGCCAACAACGCUUUAAUUGGUAUUGACACAAUUAAGAAGCUGAACACGCUUGCAACAGCUGGAAAUAAGGCCGCUAUUGGGAGUAUUAACAUUACCAGCGGAGGCGUUGCCGCUGUGAAUAUUGGUCCCAUAAUUGCGGCGAGCAACAGCGGUGAUGGCAUAAAUGGAUGCAAUCUUAAUAGUAGUGGUAUUGAUGGUGAUGUGGGCGGCGUUAACAAUAAAAUUAUUGGUACCGUAAAUGGUUUCGAUGAUGUUGCAGUAGGUGUUGGUGAUAAUGGUAUCGAUGGACUUUUCUCUUGCAACUAUCAAACGCAGUAA